AUGGUUGACGAAACAUCUUCUGACAAAAAGGAGUUGGAUAAUAUGACAAAAACAAUGUUAGAAAGAAGUAUUGCAGUAAAGAAAUUGGUUGAAGCGAAGGAGGCUACUAACUUUAGUACAAUGUAUGACAUUCUCAUGAAGGACACAUCUGGAAUGACUGAGAAGCAACUCAAAGAUCAUGAAUUGGCUUACCUAUCUGCCGGAAACAUAAUAUACAUAAACACAUGCACUGGUCAGGAAUCGUCAGCAAUGAAAAAAAAAGAGACGCAGAUUGAUAAUAUUGAAGAGAAUGAUGGCAACUGCAAUACGAACCUUGCUAUCACCAAGUGCACAGGCGAAACACAAGCAAAUUUGGCUUCACUUAUUACUCAAUACGUUGAGUCUCUAAAUCAGCGCAGAUUCCGCCACUUGGGCUACCCCACUAAUCAGGAUUUAAACUAUGACGUAUUAUUACCGUUGCUUAAUUUUCAUUUGAACAAUGCCGGUGAUCCAUUUCUAGGGAGUAGUUUCUCCCUAAAUUCAACAGCAUUUGAAGUUUGCGUGCUUGAUUGGUUUGCAAAUCUGUGGGAAAUAGAGAAGAAUGAGUAUUGGGGAUACGUCACAACUGGUGGAACUGAAGGCAACCUUCACGGGAUUUUAGUAGGGUUAGUUACCUAG